CAUCUGUAAAAUGAAGAUGAUACAACUCGCUUCAUCAGGUUGUACUGAGGCUGGAAAAUAUAUUCUUAACUACUGACGCAUCGUGUGCUCAGCCUAGGGUGGCUGCUACCGCGAGUACCUGCGGACUCCUAGGGCGGGCACCAGCCCGGGACCCCUGACAGGGUGUUCAUUAGGGCGUGGCUAAGCCCCGGGAGGGGGAAAGCGUUAGGAUUUAUAAAGCCAGAGUCUGGCGCGCUGGCCUCAUUCCGUCUUGAACUAGACCCUGGAGAGGUCUUCCAGGCUUGGGCUCAUCACGCGAGCACCGGGAGCUGGGGUGCCGGCGGCAGAGGCGCAUAGGGCCCGAGCAGCCCCUAGCCCUCAGCGCGCACACCUGGGGCCGGGGCGCGAGGCUUGCGUGGCCGCUGGGUGGGCGCUGGGGACCCGGCCCUGGGGGCGGAGCCUGCGGCCCGCCGCCCCCCGCACACCCCAGCCGAGGCCCGGAAGGGGCCAGGCGCGCUUCCGUCUCCGCCGGGGAUGCACGGAGGGCGGAGCUGCGGCCCGAGGACGCGACGCGAGCACAGUUCCGGCGAGGAGGCCGCGCCAGUGACAGCGAUGGCGGCGGAGUCGGCGCUCCAAGUUGUGGAGAAGCUGCAGGCGCGCCUGGUCGCGAACCCGGACCCUAAGAAGCUAUUGAAAUAUUUGAAGAAACUCUCCACCCUGCCUAUUACAGUAGACAUUCUUGCGGAGACUGGGGUUGGGAAAACAGUAAAUAGCUUGCGAAAGCACGAGCAUGUUGGAAGCUUUGCCAGGGACCUAGUGGCCCAGUGGAAGAAGCUGGUUCCUGUGGAACGAAAUGCUGAGCCUGAUGAACAGGACUUUGAGAAGAGCAGUUCCCGAAAGCGCCCUCGGGAUGCCCUGCAGAAGGAGGAGGAGAUGGAGGGGGACUACCAAGAAACUUGGAAAGCCACGGGGAGCCGAUCCUAUAUCCCUGACCACAGGCAGAAGAAACAUAGGAAACUCUCAGAGCUUGAGAGACCUCAUAAAGUGUCCCAUGGUCAUGAGAGGAGAGACGAGAGAAAGAGGUGUCACAGAAUGUCACCAACUUACUCUUCAGACCCUGAGUCUUCUGAUUAUGGCCACGUUCAAUCCCCUCCAUCUUGUACCAGUCCUCAUCAGAUGUACGUCGACCACUACAGAUCCCUGGAGGAGGACCAGGAGCCCAUUAUUUCACACCAGAAGCCUGGGAAAGGCCACAGCAAUGCCUUUCAGGACAGACUGGGGGCCAGCCAAGAACGACACCUGGGUGAACCCCAUGGGAAAGGGGUUGUGAGUCAAAACAAGGAGCACAAAUCUUCCCACAGGGACAAACGCCCCGUGGAUGCCAAGAGUGAUGAGAAGGCCUCUGUGGUGAGCAGAGAGAAAUCACACAAGGCCCUCUCCAAAGAGGAGAACCGAAGGCCACCCUCAGGGGACAGUGCAAGGGAGAAACCGCCCUCUAGUGGCGUAAAGAAAGAGAAGGACAGAGAGGGCAGCAGCCUGAAGAAGAAGUAUUUGCCUCCCUCAGAGGCUGCUUCAGACAACCACCUGAAAAAGCCAAAGCACAGAGACCCAGAGAAAGCCAAAUUGGACAAAAGCAAGCAAGGUCUGGACAGCUUUGACACAGGAAAAGGAGCAGGAGAACUGCUGCCCAAGGUAAAAGAGAAGGGUUCUAACAACCUAAAGACUCCAGAAGGGAAAGUCAAAACUAAUUCGGACAGAAAGUCACUUGGCUCCCUCCCUAAAGUUGAGGAGACAGAUAUGGAGGAUGAAUUCGAGCAGCCAACCAUGUCUUUCGAAUCCUACCUCAGCUAUGACCAGCCCCGGAAGAAAAAGAAAAAGAUUGUGAAAACUUCAGCCACAGCACUUGGAGAUAAAGGACUUAAAAAAAAUGACUCUAAAAGCACUAGUAAAAACUUGGACUCAGUUCAGAAAUUACCCAAGGUGAACAAAACCAAGUCAGAGAAGCUGCAGCCGGCUGGAGCUGAUUCAGCCAAGCUGAGAAAGGUGCCCGAUGUGUUGCCGGUGUUGCCAGACCUCCCGUUACCCGCAAUACAGGCCAGUUACCGUCCACUGCCUUCCCUCGAGCUGAUAUCCUCCUUCCAGCCAAAGCGAAAAGCAUUCUCUUCACCCCAGGAAGAAGAAGAAGCUGGAUUUACUGGGCGCAGAAUGAAUUCCAAGAUGCAGGUGUAUUCUGGUUCCAAGUGUGCCUAUCUCCCUAAAAUGAUGACCUUGCACCAGCAAUGCAUCCGAGUACUUAAAAACAACAUUGAUUCAAUCUUUGAAGUGGGAGGAGUCCCAUAUUCUGUUCUUGAACCCGUUUUGGAGAGGUGUACACCUGAUCAGCUGUAUCGCAUAGAGGAAUACAAUCAUGUAUUAAUUGAAGAAACAGAUCAAUUAUGGAAAGUUCACUGUCACCGAGACUUUAAGGAAGAAAGACCCGAAGAGUAUGAGUCGUGGCGAGAGAUGUACCUGCGGCUUCAGGAUGCCCGAGAGCAGCGGCUACGAGUACUAACAAAGAAUAUCCAAUUCGCACAUGCCAAUAAGCCCAAAGGCCGACAAGCAAAGAUGGCCUUUGUCAACUCUGUGGCCAAGCCACCUCGUGACGUCCGGAGGAGGCAGGAAAAGUUUGGAACGGGAGGAGCAGCUGUCCCUGAGAAAAUCAAGAUUAAGCCAGCCCCGUACCCCACGGCAAGCAGCCAUGCUUCCGCCAGUAGCAACAGCUUUAACCCCAGCCCCGAGGAGCCGGCCUAUGAUGGCCCAAGCACCAGCAGUGCCCACUUGGCACCAGUGGUCAGCAGCACUGUUUCCUAUGAUCCUAGGAAACCCACUGUGAAGAAAAUUGCCCCAAUGAUGGCCAAGACAAUUAAAGCUUUCAAGAACAGAUUCUCCCGACGAUAAACUGAGGACUUGCCUUGGAAAUGGAAUCUGGGGAGGCAAGAAUACAAGGAAAGUGGGGGUUGGGGAAUGGAAUUCUACAGGGAACUGGAGUCUUGCUUUGUGGAUCCUUUUGGUCUCCGAGUCCUGCAGUCUGCAGGUGCUGCCCCUGGGAACCUGCGUGCCACAGCCCCGCCUCCCUGCCUGGAGCACACUUCAGAAUUCUGAAGAAGAUGUGAAGCCUCUGUCUCACUGAGGAUUUUAAAGGUCAAUUAUACUUUUGUUGUUCAUUAGCAUCUUUGUAAACUAUAAGACAUAGUUUUAAUUAAUAAAUAUUGCCCCCAGAUUGUAUUUAUAUUACCCCCCAGGUUUGUUUUUGUUUUUGUUUUUUGUCCUCUACCACACAUUUAGCCUUUUAUCUUCCAGGUCCUUAUUAAAAUCAGAUGAAAGCCUAGUGAAAGCCAUUGUCCUGCCCCAGCUCAGCUCUCCUGAGUGGACUCUGGUCCAGACAGAGGACUGGGCAUCUCCAGAGCCGGCACAGUACCUGCUGCACAUAGGGCGAGGAGUGAGCACCAGACCGCCCAUCCCCAAGGGAGCCUCAGUGGGGCGACAGGGCACGGUGGACUCCACCUCAGGCCCUCCCCAGUGUCGCUGCGCAUUCCUGUGCAGGAGCAUCUCUUUCUUACUCACUAGUAUUUAUUAAGGGAGGUGCUCUGUAGGUCUGGAGCCUUUCCCUCAUCCUUUCUGUGAGUCCCUACCUUUUUGUUUUUUUUUCUUUGAGGCUCACUAGAGGACACAGAACCUUGGGAGACUGAUUUGCACAGAACUCCCCACUUCCCACUUUUACAAUUUCCAGUAUCUGAUUGAAAAUUUUUGGGUUUCCCCCCAGUCCCCUUCCCUAUCUUUCCUUCUCCUCAACAGCAUGAAGGAAAAACAAACACAUGGCAGGGCAUUUUGUAGCCCUGAAUGUAACUUUAGACAUUUAAAAGCCAGCACUUUAAUCUCUUGUUCUCUGUGAAUCACUAUGAGAAGUGAAUGGUUUUUAAAGCUGUAAUGUUAUAUUGGAAAUUGGUUUGUUUUGCCUUUUAUUUAAAAGGUAAGAUCAUGUGAUUGGAAGAACAAAACUGUUGGCUUGGGAAGAGAACUUUGCCGCUGAAGCGUUUUCUACCUUCUGUUUAAGCAGGAUUUGGAGGGAAGGACCAGCUUAGGGAGAGGAGAGUGUCUGAGCCACAGCAUCAGGAUGGGGCAAACCACAUGGGAUCCAUCAAGUUCCAGUUGAACAGGAGCAAGAUCAGAACUUAGGAGGGCAAUGUCAGCUCCCUUGUUGGCUGUCAAGGAACAUCGAUCUAGUAGAAACCCACUUGGUUGUGACCCAGGUGGAGGUAGAUGCCAUACAUUUGAGAUGUGCGUCCUUAAGGAACCUGACAUGCAGACUGAGGGGAUGGUAAAUGUGACAGCCUGACAAGUUUUCUCAAAGCCCAAGAUACAGAGCCAGUGUUUUCUGUAUCUUGGGAGACCUCAGUUAGGCCAACUUUGAAUUCCAGAGCAAUGUAGGAAGUAUGUUCAGCAGAAACUCGACAUUGUUCAGUGUGAAUUGCUGUGCAGAGUGCCUAUUGUGACAGGACACAAACGUUACUGUGUUUUAAUUUGCUAUAUUUUUGAAUUGGGUAAAGCAUUACUUCUCUUGGUCACUUGUACACCAUUCCACCCCUAUUCCUAGCCUGGCCCCCCGAAUCUAAUAUUAGGAAGCCUCUUACCUGAAACCAAAUGAACAUUUGGGUCAGGUAUCAGAUGUCUGCUGCCUAGAAUAGCUUUUUCUAGGUGUCUACCACCUUGAAUUUGUCUCUUAACUGUGUUCAAGUCUUUGUCAUUGAAACCAGUUUUUCAUAUCUUAGAUUCAGUUGUGUAUGAUUUAAUUUCCAUUAGGAGUCUUUAGGCAGGGAGGGAAGAAAAGGCAGAUUUGUUCAUAUCAAUGUCAGUAUCCAUUUUGGCACAUAAAGAUUUUUGAUGAACCCUGUUUGCAUAGAGCCAGAUCUUUUCCCCUCCCCCAAGAGUAUCUACAUCAGGGAUGUGACUUGGUGUGAAGAGUCAGGGGCAAGAGGAAAAACCCAAUUUCUAAAUGACCUCCUUGCCCAGCUUACUAAAAUGACUGCAGAGCAGACACAGGAUGAAUUUGAACCUGACACAGGAUGAAUUUGAACCUCUGGUCUCAUUUAUGGAAAAACUCGUGCAAUUUUUUUCUGUGCUACACUACAUACAAAUCACCAAAUUACAGAUUACCCCUUUGAUCCUUGGUGUACUGAGCAGUUUCUUUGGGGCUUUUUGUUUCUGGGAAGCGGGAGGGAAAGGAGCAAGGUGUCAUCCUGCUCUUCAUUUGUAUUUUGGUCCCAAAAUGUAAAUACAAUUUUCUAUGUUACUUUUUUGUGGUAACUACCGAGAUGAAUAUUUUAAUUAGAUAAGUUAUAUGAAAAGGAAAAUUCCAUGUCUAAAUAAAAAACAAAAAACUCCA